ACACAAUGGAACGCUCGGGAGACUGCAAGCCCCAGGAUGCCGCGCGGCCACCUGCACCUGCCGCCACUAGCACUAGAGGGAUGCGCAAAGCAGGCGGGGCGUUGGAGUUCAGAUGUGCGCUCCCGGGAUAGGCUGCCCCGGAGAGGGAGAGGCGGGGUCGGCUGUAUCACGUGGACCUGCUCCCGCUGCCGCCGCCGCCGCCGCCGCAGCCGUCGUCUUUCUCUGUCUCGGCUGAGGCAGCCAUCUUGCUCUUGCCGCGUGCUGGUGUUGGAGGACCCUCCCUGCUUCAGAUUUACCAACAGCAUGAAUCAAGAAAAGUUAGCCAAACUUCAGGCUCAGGUCCGGAUAGGGGGCAAGGGUACAGCUCGCAGAAAGAAGAAGGUGGUACAUAGAACAGCCACAGCUGAUGACAAAAAGCUUCAGAGUUCUCUAAAAAAACUGGCUGUGAAUAAUAUAGCUGGUAUUGAAGAGGUGAAUAUGAUUAAAGAUGAUGGGACAGUUAUUCAUUUCAACAAUCCCAAAGUCCAAGCUUCCCUUUCUGCUAAUACCUUUGCAAUUACUGGUCAUGCAGAAGCCAAACCAAUCACAGAAAUGCUUCCUGGAAUAUUAAGUCAGCUUGGUGCUGACAGUUUAACAAGCCUUAGGAAGUUAGCUGAACAGUUCCCGCGGCAAGUCUUGGACAGUAAAGCACCAAAACCAGAAGACAUUGAUGAAGAAGAUGAUGAUGUUCCAGAUCUUGUAGAAAAUUUUGAUGAGGCAUCAAAGAAUGAAGCUAACUAAAAGUUUGGUUUUUGGAAGCUGGCAUGGACUAGAUUUAACAAAUCAGCUAUGUGGUUCCAAAGUUUUACAGACACAGAGAACAUCACCUGUUACUAGUUCAGUAAUAUAAAUAUUUUGUAUAUUAAUAAUGCUGUUUGUUCAGCAUUUUUCGGUCAUUUGAUUUUGCAUUUUGCACUUCCUCCCAGGAUAUUUUUUUGGUCAAAAUAUGAAGUAUUGGUGCAGUUUGAGGGUGUUUUGGUUUUUGAUUCCUGGUUUUUUUGUUUUUUUGUUUGGGGUGUUUUUGGUGUAUGUAUGUUUAUGUAUGUGUGUGGGUAUGUGUGUAUACAGUGGAGAGCAAAUUGGAAAACACUUCUAUUUAUCCUCCUCCCUCCCCAGUAGAAAUAAAAAAAAUCUUUACAUUUGUUACCUUUCAUUUCCCCCCAUAAGACACAGAAUUAAUGGAAAGUGGGUAUCUUGGAUUUCAGAUCUGAAGAGAUUUUUACCAUUAGUGGUUUGAUUUUAAUUUGCUUGGUUAACUAUCAUAUUUUUCAUACACUUCUCUGGGUUUAAAAUGUCUUGAGGUAUUUUGCCACUGGCUUCAUGCUGGAGUAAUGGGUAACAUAUCUUUGGUAUGGUUGCCGUAGAUUAACUUACCUAGUCAGACCCAGAAGAACUUCUUUUACUAGCUUGCUUCCUAAAUGCCUUUUUUCCUCUCCUUUUGGUCUCCAAAUGGCCUGGUCAGCUUUUGGUAAUAUUCUUCCUCAUCUUCCACCUAACUUGAGAAGGAUGUUCUCCAUAUAGAGUUAAGUGAGUGCCUAAUCCCUCCUUUUGUAAGAUUUUGUUCCCUCAUCUUGAGGAACAACUUCAUCUUCAACUUUUUAUUUCUCCCCGAUGUUACAGUUUGGUAGAUUUCAAACUGGAAUACCUAGCAUGUGCUUGCUAAAUAAUUUUAUGCCAACCUUAUCCUGUAUCCUAGCUGUUCCUAAUAGCAGGUACAAAAAUGCCUGUUUUUCAGCAAGGUUGAAACUGGGAAUAUCCUUUUGAAUCAGAAGAAAAUAGGCCAUAGACUUAUCCCCCAGCACAAAUGGGCAUUCUGUGAAAUGGUACUGGCUCUAGGAGGAUUUCCUCAACCACUCUCCUACUCUCGGCCUUGAACCUACCUCUGGGUUGGAUCUUACUAUUGUAGCUGCUCACUAUACCCUCCUGCAUGCUUAGAAUAAUGCUUUGGGGGGACCACUGGUAAAACACAGUAUUUAUUUUUUUACCUCUUUUAAGAGGACUUGGAGGUAAGUUGCAUUCAUUCACUCAAGUUUCCCUCUUGCUGUCUAAUAGAAGCUUACUUUUUGCUAUGUCAGCAUUUGUUACAGCCAAUAUUUAAGGACAAAAUUUAGAAAAUACAUCAUUUCCUGGCCCAUCAUCAAACUAAUACAGCUUAACCUUGCAGCUACCAACUUUUGUGUCAAGCUAGAUAUCUUUAUUUGAUAUCUAAGGUGCAAGACCAACAAUAUAUUAAGAGAUCUGUAGACAUGAAGGCAAAGCUCUUGUAUUUUUUUUCAUCCAAACACCUCAAUUUAUUUUAUAAAUUCGUUCAUUUUUCCUGUUAUGUUUUAUAUAAUAUAUGGACUAAACAAAAUAAAAUAACAGUACAAAAGAGGAGAAUAUUUCCUCUUGUGCUUUUCUUGAUGUUGUGUACAGAAUUUCCUUUUAUAUUAUUCCUCUACCCUGCACCUGUAAAUGAAUGUUAGUGCAGUAAUUGUUUGAAAUAAUGCCUCAUCCAGUGUUAGGUCAGUAGCUCCACGGUCUACACAGUCCAGAAUUCUUUCUCUAAUUGUCCCAAAGGGGGACAUUGUGGAGGCAGAGUUAGGGGGACCACUUCAAGUGGUUAGGGACAGAUAAAUAAUAGGCAGUAUAGCACAUGAAAGAAAACACACACUUGGAAGCCAGGAGACUUGUGUCCUAGUCAAAAUUCUGGCAUUAUGUGACCUUGGACAGGUCAUCUAACUACUGUGAAAUUUAUCAUCAGUCAAAUAAGAUUUUAUUCUGUUUUGUUUUGUUUGAGAUGGAGAUUUGCUGUUGUUGUCCAGGCUGGAGUGCGAUGUUGCGGUCUCGGCUGACUGCAACCUCCACCUCCCAGAUUCAAGUGAUUCUCCUGUCUCAGCCUCCAGAGUAGCUGGGAAUUUUUUUUUUUUUUUGUAUUUUUAGUAGAGAUGGGGUUUUACCAUGUUGCCCAGGCGGGUCUUGAACUCCUGACCUCAGGUGACUCAUUUGCCUCGGCCUCCCAAAGUGCUAGGAUUACGGGCGUGAGCCACUGCACCCAGCCCAAAUGAGAUGUUUCUAAAUCUGAAGUUUCUUCUGCUUUAGCAUUUCUGUAGAUCUCAUUUGAAAUUUUUCAGGGAAGGGAUUUUAUCAUUUGUUCAGAGAUGUCUUUAUUUUUAUUAAUACCCAUAAAACGUUUGUGUAUUUGCUUCUUCCUCUUUCUCCUUUUGAUCACAUUUUAGCUACUCACCUAGAGGAUCUCUGGCCAGUAUUCCCUUUUAUUGUAUUGAUAACAAUUCUUAAUGGCUGGCCUGUCUUAUGUACAAUGAGCCAAUAUUCUUUUUUGUUUUAUAUUUUUGUAUCUUCCCCUUUCCUGAACAAAGCAUAUUUAGAGUCUCAAAGAAAUCCUCUCCACAAAGACAUGUUCCUCCCUCUGGUGUGGGUAGACACAGGGUAAGAGUUUGGAUGAAAUGUUUGUAAAUUGUAGUGUUCUUGGCAUAAAUAUGAAUUAAAUAGUUUUUUUAUAUUUAAAGAACUAGUUAAUAUGUGCUUCUUUCUAAGGUUAGGUAUUUUUUGUCAAAAUAGCAAUGAUAAAAACAUUUUGUGGGGGAAAUUGACCUUAAAAUUUUGGGAUAAUUCAAGAAAUGUCUGCAGAAAAUUGAUUUCUGAUCUUAAUUUUUGUGUUAGUCCUUUGAGGUUUUUUGUUUGUUUGUUUGUUUGUUUUUGUAAAGCUCCUCAUCUGUUUUGGACAAGUCCAAAGUAAAUGGUUGGGCUCUUAUAUCUGUUUUACCCUUAUUUUUCCUAUUAAGUAAUGGUUUAAGAAUAUAUCAAGCACCUUAAUUUGUUGUUAAGUAGCUAGUGCUUACAGGAUUCCAUUAAAUUCACUUUAAUAAGCCUA